UUCCAGUUGGAAGUUGACAUCAAGCAUCCUCAACCACUUGGCUUCUGAGACAGAACUGUCACCAAACCUGAUGGUCACUGAUUAAAGCAGACUGUCUGUCCUGCCCCGGGGAUCCUCCCAUAUCCACUUCCCCAGUGCUAGGAUUGCAGAAACAGAUUUGAAGCUUUGACAUGAAUGAACAAGUAACUACACCUAAAUUGAUCAAAGACUGGACCAAAGAACAUGUAAAAAAAUGGAUUACUGAAGACCUUAACAUUGAUGAGACAUAUGCUCAGAUCCUGCUCAAAGAAGAAGUGACAGGGAUGGUUCUUCAGGAAUUAACUGAAAAGGAUCUUGGAGAAAUGGGGUUACCCCGGGGUCCAGCACUUCUGAUCAAACGUGCCUAUAACAAACUGAAUAAUCCCCCUGAAAGUGACAAUCAAGAUUCCAGACAAUUAAAUAAUAAAAAACCAUCAAGAAAAACCCACCAAAAAAUGUCCAAAGAUGAGGAAGAAAAAUCUAUUUCAUCCAACAGUGAUCAUGAUCUCAGAGAAACAGAACAGAAUAAAGAACAAGAAUCAAGUCUUCUGAAAGAAAAUAUGUUAAGUGACAUAUUGACUAAAGACAUGAAAGGUAAUAAAACCAAACUGGAACAGAUGUCUUGCAUGCCACAUCUUUUUGAUUCUUUCCAUGAUGACAGAUGCUACAUAGAACAUUCUAUUCUACAAAUUGCUGAAACAGGGCCACUCAAUCUUAUAGACCCAGUACAUGAAUUUAAAGCUCUCACAAACACAGAAACAGCCACAGAAGAAGACAUUAAGAUGAAAUUCAGCAAUGAGGUCUUCCGGUUUGCAUCAGCUUGUAUGAAUUCACGCACCAAUGGCACUAUCCAUUUUGGAGUUGAGGACAAACCACAUGGAGAAAUUGUUGGUGUGAAAGUACCCAGUAAAGAUGUCUUUAUUAACCAUUUCAAUGUAAUGAUCAAAAAGUAUUUUGAAGACAGUGACAUCAAAGAAGCCAGGGCAUGUAUUCGGGAACCACGGUUUGUGGAAGUUCUACUGCAAAACAAUACACCCUCUGACAGAUUCGUCAUUGAAGUAGAUGUUAUUCCCAAGCAUUCUAUAUGUAAAGAAAAGUAUUUCUACAUCAUGAUGCAAAGUUACACAGAUAAUACGUGGAAACCAAGCAAAGAGGUUGCAUUGUUUGUGAGAGAAGGGCCUAGCUCUAAGAAUAUCCUGGCCAAUGCCAAGCAACGGGAUAGAGAGUUCCUAAAAUUUCAAGAGAACUUAAAGACAUGGACAGAGUCUAGAAAAGAGGCAGAAGAGCAUUGGAUGGUGACUAAGAAAGAGAGUGAGGGACUAAAGCUAGCUAAACUUUUGACCAGACACCAAGGUUCACUGGACAACUCUUACUAUGACUGGUACAUUCUUGUAACAAAUAACUGUGCACCAAAUCAAAUAGAGCACUUAGAUUUCCUAAAAGAAAUUAAAUUGUUUGCUGUGCUGGAUUUUGACCCAUACUCUCAGAUCAAGGGAGUGGUCAAAGCUUACAGAGAAAGCAGAAUAGCAAACCUUCACCUACCCAGUCAGUAUGAAGAAAAAUCUACCACAGAAGAGAAAAUUUCUACUCUGAAACUUUUUGAGCAGCCCAGCUGGAUCUUCUGCAAUGGCAGAUUAGACUUGCAGAAUGACUCGUGUCAGCCUCUGGAGCCACAUUUAUGGCAGAGAGAUAGAGCUUCUGGGGUUAGGGGACUGAUCUCAUUUCUCACAGAUGAAAAUAUCAUGGUGAGAGGGAAGGUUUUGGUGGUAUUUCUCUUACUUUCUCCAGUAGAAAACCAAAAGGAUCCACUCAUUGAGACUUUUUGUGCUUUCUAUCAAGUUUUCAAUGGAAUGGACAACAUGUUGUGUAUCUGUGUCAACUCACAUAUCUACCAACGGUGGAGUGAUCUACUGCAAGUAAGACUGGAAAUCAAAGAGGAGUUAGCAGAACAUAGCAUUUCCACUUUAAAUAUACAGCUGGUCAACAAUACCAUCCUUAAACUGAAGUCAGUGAUUCAGUCUUCAAGAAGAUUCUUGCCCUCCUGUGGCUCCUCCUCAGUUAUCCUGGAGAAAAUGGAGGAAGAUAUCCUGACUGCACUGGAAAUCCUCUGUGAAAAUGAGUGUAGAGACACAGACAUAGAGAAAGAUGAACAUGAAUUCCUAAAAUUUAAGAAGUUGAAGGAAGAACACUUUUAUCGAGGAGGCAGAGUAUCCUGGUGGAACUUCUACUUUUCUUCUGAAAACUAUUCUUCAGCUUUUGUGAAAAGGGAUGGUUAUGAAGAACUUACUACUUUAAUACAACAGUGUGCAGACUCUCCUAAACCGGUAUUUGCCAAAGUCAUCAACCUAUACCAUCACCCAGGCUGUGGAGGCACUACAUUGGCUAUGCAUGUUCUCUGGGACUUAAAAAAGAAGUUUCGAUGUGCUGUAUUGAAAAACAAGGCAACUGAUUUUGUUGAGAUUGGAGAACAAGUAAGCAAGCUGAUCAGCUACAAGUCUACCGGCCACCAGGAUUACAUCCCAGUUCUUCUCCUCGUGGAUGAUUUUGAAGAACAAGAAAACACCCAAAUUCUACAGAAUGCCAUCAAUUCCUUUAUAGCAGAAAAGGGUCUGAGAUAUGAAAAAACAUUAGUAAUAAUCCUGAACUGCAUGAGGUCUCAGAAUCCAGACGCAAGUGCAAAAUUAGCAGAUAGCAUUUCACUAAAAUAUCAACUUUCUCCCAAAGAACAAAGAGCCUUUGAGGCCAAACUACAGGAAAUUGAAAAGGAGCAUAAGAACUGUGAAAACUUUUAUUCCUUCAUGAUGCUGAAAGGCAAUUUUGACCCAACUUACAUACAAAAUGUAGUGAAGAAUACACUGAAAGACUUGGAUACUCAUAGCAGGAAAGCCCAGCUCAUUUCUUACCUGGCAUUACUCAACUCUUACGUUACAGAUUCUACCAUUUCAGUUUCACAGUGUGAAAUAUUUUUAGGAAUCACUUAUACCAGUAAAUAUGGAAAACCUGAAAGUGUAGAAGACAACAUGGGAACUUAUUCAACACUUGUAAUAAGAACAGAAGUUUUAGAAUAUGGGAGAUAUACUGGUAUACGUAUCAUUCAUCCUCUAAUUGCCAUCCACUGUCUAAAAGAACUGGAAGUGAGCUAUGGAAUGGAUAAGUGUCAGAUCACAUUGAAAAUACUAGAGGAGAAUGUGUUCUAUGACUCUGGAAUAGGAAGAGACAAGUUUAAGCACGAUGUACAAACUCUCUUGCUUACAAGGCAAAGAAAGGAGCACGGAGCCGAAACAGAUACACAGUUUUCCCCCUUAAUUGAAGAAUUGCAGAAUGAGGAAACGGAAAAGAUCUUGACUGCGGGAAGUGAUCGAUUCCCACAAAAUGCAUUCAUUUGUCAAGCUUUAGCAAGACAUUUCUACAUUAAAGAGAAGAACUUUAGCACUGCUCUGUUUUGGGCAAAUCUGGCCAAAAGAAAAGCACCUAAGAAUUCCUAUAUUUCAGAUACACUUGGUCAAGUUUACAAAAGUGAGAUCAAACAGUGGCUGGUUAAAAAUGAGACCUGUAGGAUUAUUAGUGUGGAUGAUCUAACACAUUUGCUAGAAAUCGCUGAAAAGGCUGCCAAAGCAUUCAAAGAGUCUCAGCAGCAAACUGAUAGUAAAGACUAUGAAACCGAGGCCUGGUCACCACAGAAGUCCCAAAGAAGAUAUGAUACAUACAACACAGCUGGGUUCUUCGGUGAAAUAGAAGUAGGUCUGGACACUAUCCAAUUUCUUCAGCUCACACCCCCUUUCCACAAAGAAAAUGAAAUGUUGAUAGAUGCUAUGGUACAGUUUUUAUCUGGAAAGGGGACCAUCCCUUCAGACACAAAAGAUGAAUAUUGUGCUGUUCUCAGCAAAUUUACAUCCCACCUACAGAAUUUACAGUCAGAUUUGAAACGAUGCUUUGAUUUUUUUUUGGAUUAUAUGGGUCUUCUGAAACCAAGGAACACCCCAAAAGAAAUGACAGAACUCUUACUAAUUAAGAAAGUCAGCAGGUCUUUCAAGAAAUACGCAGGACUUUUCUGCCGAUUGGAUACCAAUUUGUUGCAGGGCAAAGAGAACCUCUUACUGCAAGAGGAGAAUUGUAGGAAACGCAUAGUAGCAUGGAGAGCAGAUACAUUUUCAGGGCUCCUUGAAUAUCUUAACCCAAACCACAAAGAGGCUAACAACAUGGAAAACAUAGUGAAAGAUUAUACCUUCCUGUUACAGCACAGCCUAACCAAGCGACUGACGAAGAGUCUGACAAAGGAGACACAAAAUUUCAUUUUGGCCAACAUUAUUCUCAGUUGUUUGAAACCCAGUUCCAAGUACAUCCUGCCAUUUAACACACUGAAAACAAAGCUCCGAGAAGUCUUGCAACUCGUAGGCCUCAGUCAUCCGUAUCCUGAUCCCUAUUUCUUGGCCUGCCUCCUCUUCUGGCCGGAAAGCAAAGAGCUAGAUCAAGACUCCACGCUCAUAGAAAAAUAUGUAUCCUCCCUGAAUCGAUCCUUCAGGAGACAGUACAAGCACAUGUGCAGAUCCAAGCAGCCGAGCACCCUAUUCUACCUGGGGCAGAAGAAGGGGCUUAACAGACUUGUUCACAAGGCUGAAAUCGAGCGCUACCUCAGUGAAGUACAAGAUUCAAAUUCCUUCUGGCAGAGUGGAGUAGUGUGGGAAAAACGCGAAGUCAAAGACCUCCUGCGCCUACUCGAUGGCCAGGCUGAAGGCAAGCUAAUCUAUGUAGAAUACGGAACUGAGGCAAAAAUAAAAAUACCGGUGAAUUCUGUGUACUCGGGUCCACUCAGAAGUGGAAGGAACAUCGAGAGAGUAGCCUUUUACCUAGGAUUUUCUAUUGAGGGCCCUCUGGCAUAUGGCAUAAAAGUAAUCUAAGAAGUUACAUUAGUUCAAAGGUGUUAAUUUACAUCUAUUACUGUAGUCACUCUUUCUAGUCCAUAGCAUUUGCAUGACAUGAUUGGCUCAAUUGCAAUCACAGUUUGCUUCUUUUUCUCUAAUCAGUGUGGAAGACUUUGUAGGGUAGGAAAUAUGUCCAUACUACAGCUUGGUCUUCAGCAGCAUCAAUCAUCCCAUAUCCUAAAUAUGCAUUCCCAGAUUGACAUAUUCAGUUAAGACGAUUCAGUUGGUUUAUAUGAACAGUCUAAAUAGUCAAUAAAAUCUGUGUAAAUUAAA